UCCCAGGUGGGAAUCUCUGCUGGCGGCUGCUGUGUCUGGAGCUCGGACUAAUCCAGGAGACAGAGCGUGUCCCGAAGCGGAGAGAGGACUUGCCGGCGCAUCCUCGGAAUGGAAAAGAAAAGUCCGUCCGAGAAGCCCGAAGAACCUUCUCCUGCCCAACCUGCUAGGGAGAACUGCAGGAUCCAAUCUCCUAUUCUCACCUCUGUUCUCUUGGGCCUGGAAAGUUUGGUGCCCCGGCGCCGUCCGCAGCCAGUGUUUGAAUUGCGCCGGCCCCACUACCCGUCGACCAGGGCUCCAGAGCGGGCUCCUGCCCAGCGACAUCGAGAUGAAGAGAAAGUGCCUCCUGGCCGACAACAGGCUCCCCAGGGAAACAGGCAGAAUACUUCCCAACCUGCCAUGAGAUUUGCCGGAGGAGCUACAGGAACAUGGACUCCAGUUUCUGGCGAUACUCCUGUGCAGCCUGUCGUCUUGCGCCCAGCCGUCCUACGUCCUGCACCAUAUCCAGCCAGGACUUGGUUCACCGGCUGCUGCUGCUGCUGCUGCUCCUAUGCAGCUGCCAUCGCUGCGAGAGCCACCUCAACUGUCGGUCUCCACUACCAGGGAAAUCUGGCUCAGAAGAUGGUGGUUGAGAGACUUAGGAGGGAUGUGCAAAAUACAUAUAGGGAUAAUCAGGCACUUUGCAGAGCCCUUCAGGUGUUUGAAGCAGACAUCUUGGAGCGUGACGCAAGAUUCCAGGAGCUGCAAGCAAGAGGUGAGGAACAGGAGGCAGAGGAGGAGGAGGAGGAGUUGAAGGAGAAGGAAAAAUAAAGAAAACUGGAGGAUAUAUUUUUUCAUAUAUAUUUCUAUUAUCAGUUAUAUUCCUAUAAUCAUUUUAAAAAUACAUGAAGUGUAUUUGUACUGAAUAGAGAUUAGUCUUCUGAGCACACUCUGUGAAAAGGUUUUCUGAAGAAGAUCAGCAGCGCUUGGCUUUAGCUUGCUGCAAAGAAAUCCCUUGUUGCUCUUGCCUUUUAUAUCUCACUGUUUUGUUGUAGUCCUUGCCAUACUUGUACAGAGAAGUAUUCUCGGGAUCCUGUUGAGGUUUCUCCCUUCCCCCCUUCCCCCUAGACAGAACAGGUUCUUUGGAAUCUGGUAGCCACUGUCCCUUAAAGUUGUAGUUUAGCCUUUUGAGACACAUAACCCCAUUUUAACCCAAGCAUGCACCUGAGAGCUCAUUUCUUAAAUUUCUUGGGCAUGCAUUUAUAUUCCCUGAAUUGUGGAGGCUCCAUUGACAGCAAUGAGAAACCGAGCUUUUAGAGUCAUCAGCCCAGACCUGUGGAACUCCUUGCCAACAGAGAUUAAUUCUGUUUUAAACACCUGCUGUUUAUUCCACAAGGCCUAUGCGAGCACACCUCCCACAAUGGUAUAUGGGUGCAUCUUUAACUUAUACAUUUUGUCAUUCAGUGAUAUAUAUUCCUUUAUUAAUAAAUAAAAUUGUUA